UCGCCUUAUGAUCAUCAAUUGUUUCUUCUAAACAAGCAAUUUGGAUUGGAUUCAAUCCAGUGUGGAAAAAUGGCGACAGCAGCCUUCAAAUCGAACUCCAAAAGAAGCAAUGGCUCUGGGGUCGGAGAUUCCCCUAAAAACAAUCCUCAUAACCCUAACCCUCAAAAACAAAGAUUGCGAAGGUCUUUGAGUGUCAGCGCUCUCUCCCGAUCAACACAAAUCGACAUAUCUUCUGAAUUCUUGAACAAAAGAGACAAUCCUCUUUACUGGGCUACCGGCGGUUCACCUGCUGACAACACUACUGAAUCUUCGGCAACCAGUGCUGUUGUUGCCGGCGGUGGUGCAUUGGAGCCGGGAACUUCGAAGAGUUCGAAUGUGGCGGUGGGUCAGAGAGGUCGACUGGUUAAACGGAAUUCAGAUUUGAGAAAUGGUGGUCAAAAGGAGGAGAUUGUUGGUCGGAGAAGGAGUUUGUCUAGGGUGAAUGAUAACGGUGUUGGCAAUGGCAAUGGCAAUGACCGGCGGGGUCGGUCAGUUUCCAGGGCUAGAUUAGCUUCUGGUGCUUCUGAGAGUGACGCCGAACAAGAUUCAGGAAAAUCGGUCACAUAUGGAGGCAGGAGUAGUUCUAUUCGGGCAUCUAAUAUUACCGGCAAGCUUCCUGUUACUAGUGUUAAAGCAUUUGAUAGGAGGAGUUCCCACCAUCCUUCAGUUGCUUCUCCUUUUGAUUCACGAGUUUCAAACUGGGAAGAUGGGAUCUCUACCAGUUCUUUGUCGGAAGCUGAAGAAAAAACAAUUAAAGCCGUGUUUGAGCAGAUGAAGUCAUUUGACGGGGACGACUCGAGAAAAGACACGGCCUUAAGUGAAAUAUAUGAAACUGUGAGAUUGGAAGUAAGACGUGCUAUUGCUGAUAUUCACGAUGACCUUCAAGAUGCCAUCCGGAGGAACAGUACUGCUGCCAUUGCGAGUACAGAUGUUACUGAAAUGUCUCCCAAGUUGGUCAAACCCGAGGCUGUUGAGUUAGUGUUGGAUAUGAGAAGGGAAUAUGCCAAAGAACUUGAAGAGUCCCAAGAACGUGCUAGAAAACUUCGAUCAGAUUUGGCCAUUGAGGAACAUCGCAGGCAGGAAUUGAGCAGAAUUCUCAAGGAGACACUUCCUGAACCCAAGACAUCUGUUCCUCAUAAGCCUCGUUUAGGAAGAAAAAGAAGUAGUGAAAGAAAAAAGAUGUCAAAACGAUUGACAGAUGAAGCAAUGUCGUAUUUUGAUGAGUGUGUUUCGCUAUCAACAUUUGAUAGUUCCGAUUUCUCGGCAGCAGAAGAUCCGGCUGUGAACUCAGUCAACACUACUCUCACAAAAGGGGCCACCACAUCCCUACCCCACGACAUCCGGUGCAUUUCACCCUCUGGUCCAAACUGUUUCAUCAAUGAACAGAUGAUUCAAGGUGACCUAGGAUCUAGUUCAACGACUCGUAGUAGCUGUGAUGACCUCAUAACGGAUAGAGUCGUUGAAACCGCUGAAUGGGAAAGGAAGUCUCGCUUCUCGUUUGGACACAAACCAACGGAGGGAAUAGAGCUGCAACACGACAUUAAAAAUUACAUCAAAACUUUUGAGAAAGACACGGGAAUUGAUGGAAUUGUGUCAGAAAGAUCAAGGACUAAUUAUAGCAUUGACGAGUAUAAUCUACUUGACGUCCACGAACACUUGUUGUUCGACAUUGUGUUGUUUAGAAACCAACAAGAGUCCGGGAGAUUGCAUAUCUGCAGCGGAGUUGCCGUUCCGUUUUUGCCGCUUGCUCAUCUUUUUUGAAGAUUGUAGAUAUUGGAUUGUUGGUUCUUUAUGUAUAAAGGGUGUUUUUUUUCUCUUCUUUGUUGUUUCAGAUUUACAUAAUACAAUGUGAUCUUAGAAAAGUAAGCUGAAUAUUGACCUGUUUAUCAAACGCUAACAAGGUAAGUGCUUAU